AUGGUGGCGACCAGCAACGAGACGGCGGCGCGGGGCAGCCAGCGGCGGGUGUGGGGGGCGACGGGAGGGGCGCUAGGCAAGUGGGCAUGGGCGGCGGAGGGAUUGGCAACGGGCGAGGAUGCCGAUGGGCGGAGAUGGACGCCUGAUGAAGCGGAAGUCGGAGGCCAAAGUGAAAGACCGCUUUCUUAUAUUCCGGAUCGCCUGCCUCCCGCUGCAUCUCACCCAUCGCGUCCCCCGCCCGCUGGGUGCGCGACCGACGACGGUGGCGGCGAUGGCGACUGCAGCCGAUGGGUGGGCGCUGGGGGAGAUACACCCCCACACUGGUAUAUCACCCUCUUCUGCCAAUAUAUGCUCGCCGACCCACCCAACCGCAUCGUCCACCUCCGCGCCCUCGCCAUCAAAGACGGCGCUUUCCUUGCCUCCGCCCGCCGUGCCGACGGCCGCGACACCUGGCUCGAGGACUUUUCCUGCGCCCCGCUGCUCUCCGACGUCCUCCGCGCAGCACACAACCUCCGCCGCCUCUACAUCCGCGACCUCGAGCCCCUCCUCGCCUCCCAGCCCGCCGUCGCAGACGCCAUCGCCGGCCUCACCCGCCUCCGCGACGCGCACUUCCACAUCGUCGGCAAGGCCACCCUCGAGCUCCUCGCGCGCACCGCCUGGCGCCCCACCCGCCUCGUCUUCGGCGUCUGGCGCGACGGCUCCGCCCGCGUCGCCGGCGACACCGCCGCCUUCACCGCGUACGCGCCGCACCUGCGCACCCUCCAGCUCUGGCAGGUCGCCUGCCUCCUCGAGUCGCUGCCCCCCGGCUGCGUCUGCGCCGGCGUGCGCGCGCUCGGCCUCGGCGGGCGCAUCCCCAGCCUCGGCGGCGUCGCGCACGCGUUCCCCACCGUGCGCACGCUCACGUUCGCGCCCGAGUGCUCCGUGGGCGACCUCCCCGCGGCGGGCGCGUGGGACGCGCUCGACAGCGUGUUCACGAGCAUGCCCGUGCCGCCGCUGGGGUGCGCCGUGCGCCGCCUCGAGCUGCGCUACGUGCUCGGCGCGCCCCUGCGGCGCUACACGGCCCAGGCCGUCCUCGCGCGCACGCUCGAGCUCAUCCGCCCGUCCGCGCCCACCGUGCUCGCGUGCGCGCUCGCGCCGGGCGUCGCCACGGACGUUCUGCGCACGAUCGCGGACGCCGCGCCGCGGCUGGCCCACUUGGAGCUCGUGCUCGUCGCCGACGCACUCGACGGCGACUUGGGUGCCUGGGUGACACAGCACGUCGCGUGCUUUGCCGCCGUGCGGCUGCAGAGCCUGUCGCUCAGCGCGCCCGGCCCAGCGACGCCCGAGCUGGCGAUGCGCAUAGCGCUCGCGGCCGCCCUCGUGGUGCCUUCGUUGCAGUGGGUCGGCGUCGCGCUGCAGCCGCGCGGGGCGGCGGGCUUCUCCGGCGGUGCCACGCGCGGCUGCACGCACCACGGGCCCAGGGAGGGAGGGAACGGCGAGAGCGACGCGGAGCGCUUCGAGCGGCCGCAUGUGUGGUUCCGCGUGCGCCGCAUGCAGGGGCCGCUGCUGGAGCGGCUGUCGAGCGCGCGCGGCGAGCAUGAGCACACGCGGUUACGUGCAGCGGGCGAGGUCGUUGCGGAGUAG